AGUUACUAUCAUUCAUAAACAUAUACAGUCGUGUGAAUGGCCACAACGAAACACAAACUUUAGGCAAAUACACAACGAAAUACUAUGUUCUCGCGAUAGUAUAUUCAUCAGCUGCCAAGUUUUCUUAAUGGAUAACAUUCCUGCGAACUCUGUGGAACCAGAAGAACUGGUAAACCAUAUAAAAAGCCAACCAGAAUGCACUUUGAUCUUGGACAGCCGUUCAUUCAUGUCUUACAACGAGAAUCACAUAGUUCAUUCAGAAAAUGUCCAUUGCCCACCCAUAGUAAAGCGGAGAUCUGGUGGAUUUGUAGCGUUAGAAAAUAUAGUACCAUGUGAAGUUAAAAGAAAACAGUUAGAAAGUGGUAUAUUCAGGAAAAUAAUUGUGUAUGACGGAGACACGUGUGACUUAACCUCAGCAUCGAAAGAUUCUAAUUUAUACUCAGUUCUGAAGAGUUUAAGACAACAGUUAGUUGAUAAAAUUGAUCCUGGUGAUAUAUGUUAUCUUAAAGGUGGAUUUUGUGAUUUCCAAAAGCUAUCUCCACAACUCUGUGUGGGACAAUCUCAUUCUUUCCAAACAUCACAUUCAUUGAAACCAGACCAAAGAGUUAUUGACUGGAUCACAGACCAACCAGUUGAAAUACUACCUCAUCUCUAUCUUGGUAAUUUCCAGCAUGCAUCCCAGUUAGACAUUCUACAGAGACUGGGUAUAACCUCACUGAUGAAUGUAUCGAAGAGCUGUAAGAAUUGUUUUGAGGACAUGUAUGAGUAUAUGACUAUACCAGUGGAUGAUAAUGACUCAGCUGAUUUAUCAUCCUGGUUCGACAGUGCUAUUGCUUUCAUUGAUGAUGUAAAAGGUAAAGGUGGAAGAGUAUUGGUUCACUGUCGAGCUGGGGUUAGUCGAUCUGUCACCAUAUGCCUUGCCUAUCUGAUGUUUACCGCCAAAAUAAGAUUAGAAGCUGCGUUUGAACACGUACGAUCAAAGAGGAGCAUGAUCUCACCCAGUUUAAACUUUAUGCGACAGUUAGAGCAAUUUGAAAAGGAACUUGAUUCGUCUAUCAGUUUGAGUACAUCUUCUUCAGAUAUCUCCAUGGCUAGUUCUAUGGACUCGUCCCGUGAUAUAAGCAGCUCUGACUCAUGCUCACACACAGGGUUUGAGUUUACCAUGUCUGGUUCCAUCACGUCACCUACCACACCUCUGUUACUACCCAGUUAACCAACCAAAUUUGUAGAUUAAUGUUCUGUUGGUGGCAGAUCAUGUGAUAAAGAGCAUCCUCUGUUAUCUAGUAACCAUAACUUGUUGUAUUUUUGUUUCUGAUUAAACAGUUUAUCUAAAGGCCAAUCAAUUUUGUAUGUAUAUUUGCAUCCUCCUCUUAAAAGAAUGGGCUCCAUGGGAGAAAUUUACAUUUUUUUUUAUUAUUAUUUUCUAUUAUUUUAAUACCUGAAUCUUUAUUUUCUCUAGAUUGAAAUUCAGGGAUUGUGGGUUAAAAUUUAUUAUGACUUUGACACAACAUAUUUGAUAAGAAAUACAAACCUGCUGCACUCUGUCACACUCUGAGGUCAGAUGAGUAUAUAGUUAAUUUUCAGAAAAUAUAACUUUAGAAAUAAAGAUAAAAUGGAGUCAAUUUUAAGGUGAGGAGUGUAAUGUACAUACAAUUUUAAAGGCUUUUAAUUUUAUAUUUGUUGAUAACAAUCUUAUUCUCAUUAUAUAUACUAUAUAUAGUUGGUAACUGGUAAAACAUGACAGUGUAAAAGAAAAUACUUUAUUAUAUCAAAAAUUAUAUUGAGUCUUUAUAUAUAUAUAGAUUUAAGUUUAUGUUUACAUUUUUGUGAAUCAUAUUGGUAAAAAUCAUUUUAAUCAAAAUAUAAUUUUUCAAAUUGAGGGAUUUUUUCCACUUAAAAAUGAAUUGUUACAAAUUGUUAAACAACAUUUAAAAAAAAAAACU